GGAUGCAGGUGAAUAGUUUAUGGCAGAAAACAAACAUACGUGUCGUUGCUCAGCAGUCGCCGUUCAUUUUUCCCAGCUCCAGCACAUCCUGAUAGGAUGUCUCUAAUCACGUGACAGGAAGCGCAGCAUUUUCAGCUGAAAGCGAGCUUGGAUAGUCGGGAAUCGCAUAUCCAGGUAAACAAUCAAACUCCAUGAUAUAUUAAAGCAAAGCCCCAGUCCCGAACAUUAAUUUUCCGACAUCGUCGACCCUUCCGUCAGCGGGUUGAUACUGUCGGAUACUGCCAGCCGCUGCCGGUGGUUUUUUUAAACGGUGGAGCGCUAGCUAGUUAGCUAAAUGACCCCUCUGUCUUGGCUGAAGCUCAGCGGCCAGUUUAGCCUGCCUCAGUCUGGGAGGAGGAACAGCGACAGCUCAGAAUAAAACCCAGGCUUGUUGCCUGGUAAAGGGCGUUCCAUUCUUACGUAAAUAGUCACCACUGCAGUGUUUUGGCGUGAUGCUCCAAUAAAGCACAGUCCACCAGUCCCUGUACAGCAUACUGUAUCUAUCACUAAAAAGGGGAUUGGGUGCAAAAAAAAAGGCGAAGCUAAAAUGCUAAGUGGCUAACGGAGAUGCUACGCUGCAGGGUCUGUGAAGCUUGGCUGCAUUGAUAGCGGCAAGCUAGUCGGAUGAAGCGUUUCUGGAGUUGAUCCCGGUAUGGGGGACAUGAAGACCCCAGAUUUUGAUGACCUGUUGGCAGCCUUCGAUAUUCCUGACAUCGAUGCCAAAGAGGCCAUUCAAUCUGCCCCCGAAGAGGCAGAGGGACCCCAUGGAAGUGGGGGGGCACCACUGGGGAAGCAGGAUAACGUGGUGGGCGUUGGGUCAGCCCUGAGGCCACCGAGUCCGUCUGACCCCCAGUCAGACACCUCCAUUGUUAGUGUGAUUGUGAAAAAUAAAGUACGCCUGGAGGCUGUAGAUGGAGGGGAGGGGGAGACAGAUCAGGACCCCAUUGACGUGAUAGCAGGAGUGGAUGUUGGUCCACGACUAGGGGCUUGUGCCCCUGGAGUGGCAGAAUCUGAAGCUCUAAAUCACAACGGUUUUGGGGCGUCAGGUGUUUCCACACCACUUCAUCUCACCCAGACCCAGUCUAAUGGAGCACCUUGGGCAAUGAACACACCAAAAGUGACUUCAGAAGUAACAGGCGCCACCAAGUCUCAUAAGCAGGGUGGAAAUAUUUUCAACAGACUUAAGCCCCUUGUGGCACAGGGCUCUGGAGAUCCAGUGGGCCGGGCCAGAAAGAUGCAGCUUCUACAGCAGCAACACCAGCAACAGCAGGACACAGGCCAAGAGAGGGACAGUGUCAAAGCAUCAAUACCUUCAUCGUCCUCUUUAUCAACAGGGUCACUGCCUCAUGCUGCAGCUGGGCCUGUCGGACUUGCAUCACCUUUCUUUCCCCCCUCAAAACCUCUACUUCCAACAUCACCUUCUGCCCUCUCCUCACACCCGCUGCACUCCUCUCAGCCUUUUAACGGAGGUCCCAAAAAUAACUCUGCUGGGUUUCAGCACCAGCAGAUGGAGGAGGAGGAUUCUGACCCUGAUCUAGGGAGUCCUCUGGUGAUCCAGGAGACCCCAGACUCCCCAACUUGCACUCAACUGAGUCAGCGUUACAAGUCUGACUCUGCCUCUACCCCACAAUCCUUAACUUCGGCUCACCCUAAAUCUGGAGACACUCCAUCAGGAGCAUCUCUCGCAUCAUCUACUCCUCAAUCUGGCUCAACCGAGAGUCCCCAGUUGGAGGAAAGGAAUCCAGAACAUGUCAUAGAAGAAAGAGACUCCCCAGAGAGUCCUGAACCUGAGAUACCAAAAUCCACUGCUCAGGCCACAACGAAAAGAUGCUCCAGCCCAGCAGUGGCUUCAACUCCACCGCCUCCAGAGCUGCGGGAGCCUAAAGAAGAGGAGGAGGAGAUGGAAGUGGGGAAUGGGAUUGACAGGCUUGUGGAUGAUAAAGCUGACAAGGGUGAAAAUACAAGAACAAGUGAGGACAAAAUGGAUGUGGACGAAGAAAAGUCCAAAACAACGUCUACUGGUGGAGGAGAAGCAAAUGUCAGUGCAUCUGGAGCUCCAUCCCGACCACUGAAGGUCCGAAUAAAAACCAUCAAAACCUCCACAGGGGGAAUCACCAGAACUGUCACGAGGGUAGCUCCUAAAGGAGGCGCUGCAGGGACAGGUUCAGAGUCAAAAGCUCAAAGUGGAGAGCGCAAGAUAGUAGGAAACAAGACUCAGAAACUUGAAGGUUCUCCUGGUCAUACAACAGCAUCAUCACCCAAAGUAAGUGCUCUCAAUGCUCUGCCGGUGUCCACUCUGGCUGCCAGCAGUGUCAUGCUCGCUGCUGCCACAAAGGUCCAAAACAAAAUGGCUGCUUCUGAUAAGACCAAGGUGUCUGCCACCGCUGUGAGCAUCACAAAAUCUGCUGCUCUCCCCGCAACCCCUGCUGUGGCUUCCUCCCCCAAGUUCUCAGUUGCUGCUGGCGGGAUCAGUGUACGCACUGCUACUAAUAAAGCCGCCAACGGAGGCAGCGGCACCCUGUCGCCAAACAAACCGGCUUCUAUAGUAAACAGCACAGGCGCCGUCAUCUCUCGCAGCCAAUCAAGCUUGGUGGAGGCUUUUAACAAAAUCCUCAACAGUAAGAACCUCUUGCCGAGCUACAAGCCAGACCUGUCGGCGCCCCCGCCUCCAGAGUGGGGCCUCCCACUCCCCUCUACAGGGUACCGCUGCCUCGAGUGUGGAGACGCUUUCGCCCUGGAGCGAAGUCUGGCUCGACACUACGACCGUCGGUCCCUUCGCAUUGAAGUGACCUGUAACCAUUGUGCUAAGAGACUGGCCUUCUUCAAUAAGUGCAGUCUGCUGCUGCAUGCCAGGGAACAUAAGGAGCGUGGCCUGGUCAUGCAGUGCUCACAUCUGGUCAUGAGGCCUGUCACUGUGGAGCAGAUGAUCGGACAGCAGGACAUAACACCCAUUGGAGGCCUGCUCUCCUCUUCAUCCUCCUCUCCUCCAGUCUCCUCUUCCUCCUCCACAGCCAGUGGUCCUGCCGCCUCCUCAAACUCCAGCCCCCUGAAGGACUCCUCUUCUACAGCAGCAUCUCAGCCGCGGCCCGUCCGCCGCGCACCUCAGGUUCCACAAGCUCUGAUGCCUCUGCCCUGCAAGAAGGCCGAGGGGCUGCAGUACAACAACUUCAAAUGUCCUGAGUGCCAAACACAGUUUGCCAGCAAGGCUGAGCUGGUCACACAUUUCCAGCAGAUCAGAGCUACUGCCAAUUCAACAUGUACACAGUGCUCUCCACCGAUGAUGCUGCCAAACACGUGCUCCGUGGCUGCUCACAAGAGGAUCCAUAAACACAAGGCGCCCCACGUCUGUCCAGAGUGUGGAGGGACCGCCCCCCAGGCCAGUUUUCAGACCCACUUGGAGGAGGCCUGUCUGCACUUCGCCAGACGCAUCGGCUACAGGUGCUCAAACUGCCAAGUUGUGUUUGGGGGGUUGAACUCCAUCAAGUCACACAUCCAGACGGCUCACUGCGAGGUCUUCCAUAAGUGCCCCAGCUGCCCCAUGGCCUUCAAGUCUUCUCCCAGUGCCCAGAGCCACAUCAGCACCCAGCACCCGACUCUGACGGGGGGACAGGCCAAGAUGAUCUACAAGUGUGUGAUGUGCGAUACGGUCUUCACCCAAAAACCCAUGCUGUACAUGCACUUUGACAUUCAUUUAGCUAAACAGAAAGUGCACGUGUUCAAGUGUCCUGACUGCACUAAGCUCUACGCCCAGAAAGGCUCAAUGAUGGAGCACAUCAAGACCACUCACAGAGGCCAGUCAGUCAAACCAGAGUCCCAGUCUGACGCGUCUAACGCUGCCUCAGCCCCGACCAGCACCUCAAGUCCCUCCGGCCUGAAAUCAAAGUCGAUCAUAAAGCCUGACAACUCCGACGGAGAAGACUGGGGCCGCGAACAGGAGGAGGAGGAGGAAGAGGAAGACGACGAGGAGGAAGAGGGUGCGGACGAUGACUACGAGGCUCCGGGGAACCGCUCCAGUGCUACAGGGGGCAGUGGUCAACCCAGCUCUCAGACAGAGUGGACCUGCCCUCAGUGUCAGAGCAUGUUCACUGACAGUGACGACUACCUGACGCACGUGAAGAUGGAGCACGGAAAGUUCCCCUGUGGUAUCUGUGGGGGGACGUUCAGCACGUCAUCCAGCCUCAGACGUCACGAGCGUGUCAUUCACGAGGGCAACAAACGAGUUUUCCGCUGCCAGUACUGCACAGAGGGCAAAAGAACCUUUGGCAGUCGCCUCCUACUGGACAAACAUGUUCGGCUUCACCACAGAACCACAGAUGGACAGGGUCCACCCAUGACCAGGAAACGUGCAGCCACUGGUGGAGAAGGUCCUGGAAGCUCCUCAGAACAGGACGGCGAAGGAGCACCAGCAGGAGUGAGAGUAGGUGAGGAGGAGGAGAACGCCACAGAAGACGGUGAGGAAGGUGGCGGUCCUGCCAAGAGAACCAGAGCGUCCACGGCUUCGACAUCCCUGACCCCCGGCGAGUUAGAAGAAGACGACAACAUUUUCCGCUGCGUGCCCUGCGGCUUCUCCACGGAAGAUGGCGCUGAGUUCCAGCGCCACAUCCCCCAGCAUCGUGCCGACAACGCAUCAUUCCAGUGCCUGCAGUGCGGCGUCUGCUUCGCCUCCGCUGGCUCCCUCGCCCGGCACCGCUUCAUCGCCCAUCGCGUGAGGGAAACCCAGAGCGACACGGAACGCGGCACCACCCGCCCUCACAGCCCUCUGGCCGGCUCUCCUGCCGUCUCCCCUCAGGGGGCGGCCGAAGAUGGAGACGGGAAUCUGAGCUGUAAGGUGUGUGGCCGACGCUUUGACAAAGCCUCGGACCUCAACACCCACUUCAGGACCCAUGGAAUGGCCUUCCUCACCGCACACAAGACAGACAAGCCCCAGUAGAGACAGGGCAGAUGCUCAGAGACGGACGUAGAAGGAGCAGGAGCAGGAGGUGGAACAUGAAUGUUGAUGAACAGCUGCUUCCUCUCUCCUGGUUUUCUUUUUAGCUGCAGCAAACCCGUUCAAAUCUGUAGCACUACUGCUGUGCAAAUGUACCUGCAUGUCUACCCAUGUUCCUGUCACUAAAGUGAACACGCAUAAGAUAACAGAACAGCUCUGGAGCAGCCCCCCCUACCAUCACCCCCGCCCCCCCUGAGUCAUACAUUUCAAUAUCAAACGGUCAUUGAAAUUUUGUUUCCAUACAUUUCAUCCUGAGUGUAGCUUUUAAUAAACUCACAAACAGCUUCCCACCCCCAGCCCCCCAACACCAUGACAUAAUACUAAUACUUCACUGUUCACCAGAUACACAUUUGUUUGCACUGAAGGAGAAAUCAGGCAUUUUUAACACUAAGUGCUGGCAUUUUAAUGGAAAUAACAUAUAAACAUUCAGUCUGUAAUAGACUGAAUUUUGCACUGAUUUUUCUGCAACUACAUGUACCCAAAAUACCAUUGCAAGUACUUCUUUGGUCUACAAAAAACCUGUAGUGUGAAGUACUUUGAGUGGUCGUCAGGGCUAGAAAAGUACUACACGAGUUCAGGUUAUUAAAACAAUCAUGUGGGAAUAUGAUGCUGUUGCUACAACAGGCUCAGACGGAACACCUGAGCAGUUCCGUUACUUCCUGUAAAAACAGUAGCUUUAUACUGUUCAUUUACUCAAUUGAACAUGUGCAUUUUUCUGACCACGUUGCAUAAUAUUUGUAAUGAUAGUUUGAGUACCAAACUAGCAAAACAGACCAAUAAAAAAAAUCUGGUAAUUUUGUAAAAAUCAGGCUUUUUUUUAACCAACACUACAUCCUGCCUGACUUCUCCUUCCUGUGCUGGAGUUCUUCUGGCCUCAGAUCAGUUCUAACAGCCUCUGCUGCUGAAACCGAC